UCUGCCGUCGACAGGCUUCCACGAGCUCGUGCAAGCGAUUGCCAGGAUCACGCAGCUGGAAGGCGUCAUUGUGCCAGCCACCCUGCCUCUCCUCAACUCAACUGCCUGCUGACCUGACGACCCGACGACGUCGACCAGUAUUCCUACCGGAUGGCAGACACCACCAUGUCGCACCCCACCGGCGUGGACCGCAUACCCGCCGACACCAACAUCGACAUGUCCGACGACACCGAGACCGACCAAGAGCCUCGACAAGUCUACGCUCCUCCACCUCACAUCGCCGCUCGCUUCUACCGCAACCAGCUGACGCGCCGGAAGUCCUCAGCGGCAUCUUCUCGGAGGAAUUCGCUAUCAUCAGCCCAGUCGCAGGCGCAUUCUCACACGUCAGGCCGCUCGUUGCGCCGCAGUUCGACGGGAUGCCGGUCUACCACGAUUGCCCAGCACCUGCGACGGGCGUCAAUCAUCGAGUCGAGGAAGGCGCGCCUGGCCGACCGAGCUGCCCAUGCCGAGCAAGUGCGACUGCGAGCAGCGCUCGCCAAAGCAGCACCACGAGGCAACAGCACGAGCAGUGAGGAACGCGCCCUCGCCGCGCAAGCCGCCAAAGAGAAGUUGCUAGCAAAGGUUGCGGCACAAUGUGCCGAAGAGGUGGCGCGCGCAAAGCGCAUCGCAGAGGAGGUCAAGGAUCGCAAGCUGGCAGAAGAAACGCGCUUGCGCCUGGAAAUGGAGGAGCGGCACGCUGAGGCUGAACGAAGGAGGGCAGAGUACCAGCGCAACAUCCAGGCACGGAGAGCGAGACGUGCGGAUAGUGCCGAGAAGAAACUCGCCGUGCUGGAGGAGGUUGCUGAUGUGGAGGAGGAUGCUAUCGUUGAGGAAAUCGCAGAGGUCUUGCUCCUGGAUCUCGAGACAGCCGUGAGCCGAAUCCAGCGAGCAUGGCGCCUGCACCGGAGGAAGCAGCCUGUCCUUCGUUUUAGAGAACUCGGACUGACCGCUGCAAGAGCCAAGGAUACGCCCUUUGAAGAGAUGACAGAGUUGGUGGCCAGUCAGCAGGUCAUCCAGGCCACGACUGACAUGUUGAUGCACCUUGGCCUGCAGGACGGAAACGAUGCGAAUGCUGCGUUGAACACCAGAACUUUCCUGAGCGGGUAUAUGAUCGUUGCUCACCCCAUUUCAGUGCUUCUGAACAAGACUGGUGCCCAGGAGUCGGACCUAAUCGCAAAUGCUUCUGAGUUGAUCAGCCUUUUCGAAGCUUCUGUGGCGAGACUCGAUACGUGGAACAACUUCACUGCCAACGAGACACAGCAUGAGACUCUCAAUCAGACCUAUACCACCUACACCUCCGCGUUUGCUGCCUGGAGGCUCCAAGAUUCUAGUGUUCUAAUCGAAGGCAUGGUGGCCUCCUUUGUCGAGCUUGACGCAAUUUGGCAGACUGUCAAGGACGAUACUCGAGGCGAGGUCGCCAAAGACUAUCGUGAAGGCAUUCGUGACAAUCAGGUUAUGCUUCUGAGUAGAAUCCGGAAGCUGGCUGGUCCUGACCGAGCAGACUUCUUAAUCAAGAAGGCCAUUAGGGAGAGCCGACGCAGAAGGCCUAAGAAGCGACCAGCGGCCGAAGUGAGACCACGAGGUGUCGAACCUUCUUCUGAGGCUGCAGUGUCUUCUGAGCAAGCGGUCGAAGAUGCUUUCGCACCUGUCCCCAUCGGCUCUGGCGAACUCAACAAGCUGUUCACAACGAUGCCGAGCAACAGAGUCCUAACCCACGAGCUUGCGAUCGACAAGGACUACAAGCUCGAGGACAAGAAUAGCGAAUUACGAGAGCAGAUGUACCGCAGCAUUUGCGAAAGUAUGAAGGUCGGUUUCGAGGCUGGGAAUGGAGCGCGAUGGACUGUGUCUGCCGCAGAGAAUAUCAAGGAGAAGCUCUUGCGGAUGCUUAAGCCUGGUAGCAACAUGCAUAAGAUGCUCUGCGAAGCACUGGACCUGGACAACAUCCAACGGCAGUGUCAGCAAGGGGUGUUCAGCUACCCUGGAUUCUUCGGCUUUAUGGCUAAUGUCCUACCUAAGCUCUGUGCGCCUUUUCGCGAUCAGCAAGUCAAGACGCUGGCUGAAGAGUUGCGCACGGAGAACGACGAGCUUGAUGGCAUGAUUGAGAAGCUCUUCAAGCUGUUGAAGAUGGUCGACUGUCUGAGUCUCGACUACACGAAUUUCAUGAUCAUGCAAUCGGCUCCCACGCUAACGAAAGAAGCCGCUGGCUACGAAGCACGCAUGUUCCGACGGGAUAUCGAGGCACAUCAAAUCACUCUCACGAACACGAAGCGAUGGUGGCACCAGUCGCGCCGUGCUCUGGAAGCCGAGUCGGAUCGACGAGAUCCGGAGAACAUGAGGAAUCCGGCCGAUCGGCCAUCACCUCAAAAAAUCUACACGCAUGCCCUGGUGGAGCUCGCCCUGACCUCGAAUGAGCUCGAUGACACCGCAUGCCCCGAGACGUUGCACCUGGAUCUGGAACGUAUGCAGAAGCUUCGCACGAAAGCCAUCAGAAUUGCUGUGAUCGGUGCCAUUCUUCUCACCACCAAGAACCUCCUUAGGCGUGAUGUCCGAAGCCAGUGGAAGAAUGAGGCCAAUAGACUGUGGACCCUUCUCUCCGCAGAGCCGUACGAGAGCACGAACGCAGACGAGCCUACGACCGCUCAAAAGGCUUUUUCGGUGCUUGAGACGGCGCACAACAUGCCCGAGAGCACGAAACGUUCUGUGCAAAGUACCAUCAACAAAUUCUUUGCGCAGGCGGCUCAAGUCAGCAUUCCCAGCGGCGCACAGCAAGUCAAUAGCGUUCGCUUCUCAGAUCCGGUCUUGAAGGUCUUGUUCCAGCGACUCAAGACCCAUAUUCUGUCUCGUCUCUCGGCCGAGAGCAGUGCGGACAGGGUCCGGGCUGCAAGCUCAGCUUCUGAAAAGUUGGCCUCGAGCGGCAUGGCGGAGUUCGUCCCGCAUGUUGCUGUUAUUGUGGAUUUGCUGGAGCGGGUCCGGAAGGUGGAUUGGGAGAGCCAUGGAGUGUGGUAUGAGGAAAUUGCCGUCGUUCAGGAACAGCAGUGAUUGGUUGAAGUGGGUUUCUUUUGGGUCGAGGUUUUCUUACUGGGGGAAGGGAUUGACAUUCAUUUCUGGUCGCCUGAGCAGAGGCAAUUUUGAUGCAUGCGCAAACUUGCAUCGUGGGUUGUUCAUGAGGUCCUGGUGUCAUGAUGUUAUGGGGUUGGGGGAUUGGGCUCAUGAGAAUGGCAGAAUGAACAUGAAACAUCAUCGGAGUCGUUGUGCACUGUGCCC